UUUUUUUUUGGUGUGGACAGGUCUACUUUCUCGUGCAGAUAACCAAACAAGCUGUCUGUGACUCCGUCCGUGAGUCACUCAUCCUCUUCGUCUCUCUCCUAUCCGUCAACCACUCGAUGCAGCGGCCGGCGGUAGUAGGAGCGGCCGGCAAGCGGGAGGGCGGUGCGGCGGCCGGCAGGAGGGCGGUGCAGCGGCCGACAGCGGGAGGGCUGUGCAGCGGCCGGCGCGAGGGCUGUGCGGCAGUCGGUGAGCUCGGCACCAAGCGGGUGGCCGAGGAAGAUGGUGCAGCCAACAUGUCUGACUCGUCAAGGACCAUCCCUCCGGAGCUGCUCCCGUCGGAGGACCUGCAUCCGCUGCCAAUGCCGGUGAUCAACCUCGGCCACCUCAGCCUGGAUUCCGCAACCCGAUACCGUGUGGUUGAUGAUGUUGCCAAAGCAUGCCGUGAUCUAGGGUACUUCCAGGUUAUAAACCAUGGGAUCAGUCAAUCUGUCAUGGAUUGUGCUCUUGAAGCAGCUUCAGAUUUCUUCAAACUACCAAGUGAGACAAAGGAAAAGUUUGCAUCGGAGGACCUUCGACGACCUGUUAGAUAUGAUACAAGCUCAAAAGAUAGCAUUAGCAUGCCCAGGGCAUUCCUAAAGCAUUAUGCCCAUCCACUCAGCGAAUGGAUUCAAUAUUGGCCACAGCAACCACCAAUCUACAGGAAAUACAUGGGAAAGUAUGCUUCUGAAGUAAGGAUGGUGGCUUUGCAACUGGUGGAAGCAAUAGUAGAAGGCCUAGGAUUGGGCAAGGAAUACCUGAAUGAGAAAUUUCAUGAAGGCUCCCAAGUAUUGUCAGUGAACUGCUAUGCUAAAGCAUCACAAAGUGCCACGACUAUAGGGCUGGCUCCACAUUCUGAUCAUGGAUUUCUUACCAUCUUGCUCACAAGUUGUGGGGGCCUUGAAGUUGUUGACCCCAGCAGCAACAUCUGGAAAAGGGUUCAGCAACUUCCACACGCUUUGCAUGUUCACAUUGGUGACCACAUGGAAGUUCUGAGCAAUGGCAGAAUGAAAACAGUUGUGCAUCGUGCCCUUCUGAAUCCUGAAGAAGCAAGGAUUUCUAUAGCUAGCAUUCAUGGUUUUGCACUGCAUGAGAAGGUCACCUGUGCCAAGGAGCUAGUGGAUGAAGAAAAUCCCCCAAAGUACAAAGAGAGCAGCUUCAGCGACUUCCUGGACCAUCUCACAGCUAAUAUGGACAACAAGCACAGGAACUUUCUCGAAAGCCUUCGAAUGUAAGGAUUGCAGAGCAUAAUUAGGGGUAACUGGUGCUAUGGUAUUUGAGAAGGCAGAUCGAGCUAUGGUUCAUCUUCACAUGUUGAAAUCUAAAGUGUCCGUGUAAUCUUCAAAUAAAGCCAUAUCUGUGGCUGCCGGUGUCCAUUUCCAGUUUUACAUGAAGCAUUCAAAACUCGCAUGUGUAAUCAUCUUUGGCCAUCAUCCACAACCUUGAGCUCAGAAACCAUCUUCGGGAACUUGGAGUGCAUGUGAAUAUGGCAUAGAUGACUCAAUCAAUGUAAAAAAUAUCUUUAUAUGUAUGCAUGACAAUUACUUACUUUGUACUUCUGAAUCAGUUCAUGUGUUGCUGUUCUAUGUUCAAUAUGAAUUCCAUUCCCUUAAAGGAAAUGGGAGGUCAUGAAUGAGAACCCUGCAUGAAGUAGUCAA